GUUCAACCUACCUCAUCUUAAGCUCCAGACUUUCGGUACAGGACCAUCCACUAACAACCUCCCUCAUGCCUCCCAAAAAGGAAGUGCCAACAAUGGCCCCCAACGACGAAGCGGCGCUCGCAAAAGAGCAGUCCGUAAGAGACGGGAUCAAUAUCGAUGUAGGUUACUUUUGCGACAACUCGGCGCGUUUAUUGAGAUAUACAAGCUGCGAUGAUUGAGACAAGAUGUUGGGGAUGUGUAAGAUGUCUACUAACAAUUACCAUAGGAUUUUGCCCUCCCAAAAAGUAUCGUCACGAAAUUGGCCAAGGGUGUUUUACCGCCCAAUACGCAGAUUCAAGGGAAUGCGAUGUUGGCGAUGACGAAAAGUGCCACGGUAUUUGUCAAUUACUUGGCUUCACAGUGCGUUCAAUCCUCCUGCGAAAGCAUCUCCUGCACUUCUGCUUGGUAGGAUAUACAUUUCAACGUCCUAAUGUAGCGAUUACAGCGCGAACGAGCAUGCCAUAUCACGCAACCAAAAAACGCUCUCUGCGGCAGACGUUUUCGCAGCCUUGGAAGAACUUGAAUUUCCCGACUGGAAGGAGAAACUCGAGGGCGAAUUGGCUAGUAGGUGGUUCAAACCUGCAGCUCGGACGUUAUGCUGACGGGUUAUCAGAGUGGCACGAGAUUCAAGCCGACAAGAAGAAUGCGAGUAAAAAGAAGGCUGCAGAAAAAGGCGACGAGGGAGAGGUAGAUACCCAAGGCGAAAACGAGGAUGCGAGCAAAUCUGGUCCACCAGCCGCGAAGAAGGCAAGAUUAGAUUCGAGUCAAAAAACCGGAUGUGGGGUCGAGAAAAGUGGCUUGCCGGCGCGAACUAAUACUGGAGAGGGCACGGCAGAUGAAGAUGCUGGCGAUGACGAAGAUCCAGCAGAAGACGAUGAGGAGGAUGAGGAGGAGGAGGCCAAGGAGCGAAUUGAAACAGAAGAACAACCCGAUGAUACCCAGGCAAUGGAGGCUGAAGAUGAGGCUCUCGAUAAUGGAGAAGACAGCGAUUGAUCUGCGUAGAUCAUGAAGCGGUCCUGUCAUUUUGUACAUGCAUUUGGAAGGAGUUUUCGUGGGUAGGGGUUGAAUGGAUUUGCAUGCAAUAAGGUAGUUACUUUACAAACGCCUGAUAUCUGAUUGAUGAAAAUAUGUCAUUUCAUUCUUAUGAUGACUAUACGGAAGCCGCGCUUUUACUAGGAUUUACCGUCUAAGUUUGAGAGAGCGGUUCCUAAACUCGAAAUGGAGACCAAUGGGAGAUGAGGUGGUGUGAGCAAGUUGUGAAAGCCCAGUGGUCAAGUCGGGAUAAUCGUAAAUCGAAUCACGGGGUUGAAUGAUAG